AUGGAGCUACCUAAUCACUUCUCGCCCGUACUCCGAACGGUUACCUCAGAACUGUCCGAAUCCUCAGUCCCACUUUCUGCUCGUCGUUUGCUCCCUUUGAACAGACAGCAACCUGUGGAAGAGCUCAUUACUCCCACUCACAAAUCGUGCACACAUACCCCCGAAUUAUCGAAACCCGCUCAAACUCCUGGUCUUCGCCGUCGUCAGCGUACUCGUGUCAUUCCGUCUUGUCUAACGCGGAAAAUACACACACCUCGGGUGGCGUCAAAAUUGGCAACUGCAACCCUCGAUUGUCCGGUCCCGCCCCAGUCGGAGCAAACACGACAGGUUCGAAAACGCGUGUCGUUCUCGAAUGAAUCGUGUUCAUCUUCAACCGUCAGUUCACGACCCGAGCUAAAGCGAUCCCGUUCACAACACUCAACAAAUCCACCGAAACAAUUAAAAAAACGGAAAAAUAAACUCGAAGAGAUCAGGAUCAGUGCUUUACUGCGGGGUCAACAGCAUGCUAUAGUUGAUCUGGACGAUUCUCUUCGCUCCAGACGCUUAUCCUCACCGCGCACUUUACGAUUGUCCAGUUCCAGUGAGCGAAUUCGGAAUGGGAAAGCGGAUACCAAAUGCGUAACUCUUUCGGACAAUCAUCCUUCCUCGAGUCCGGCCAAACCGAAUACCGCAUUGUGCAAUGCGGUACCUGUGGUUUCUGUCACUCGCCUCCCCGACAGUUCUCACAAACUGGGAGUUGCGAUUAGGAACACUCCCGGUGCACUUUCUAUGAACACUUCUGCAACUGGGAAGAGUCGUAUUACGCUGUGUGACUCGACACAACGCGUGCUCACUCAGUCCAGUAGAGCCAAUUCAAUUCGGUGUAGGUGA